AUGAAAAUUAAUAACAAUAUUAACAACGAUACGUAAAAUUCCUAGGCAUAAAAGAAUUUUAAUCAAUUUAUCAAACAAGAGGCAGACGACUUCAAGAGACAGUUCAAAUUUAUCGAUAAAGAGAAACUUUUCAUGGAACUUCAAAAUUACAAAAUUGAAAACAACAAUCUAAAAGAGGACAAUACCAAGUUACGUACGCGCAUCCAACAGACCGAGAAAGAGCUCCUCAAUUAUGAGAGACUCUGCGAGAACAUGACCGAGUAGACACCCAACAAGAAGAAGGCCAAUGAGUUACUACUUAUACAACUCAAAAACUAGAACAAGGACCUCCAAAAGCAACUUAAAGAACGUACUAUCUAACUUGACCACCUUAAAAAAAAUACCAAAGUCACCAAAUUUCAAGAGCUAGAGUGUGAUCGCAAAGCCUAUUUUGAUGAAACUGUACGUAUGCGUAAACUCAUAGAAGAGAGUUAAACAUAAUUCUAAUCCAUGUAAAGUAAAUACAAUCAAAGUCUAUAACUUGAAAAUGAAGUUCAAAAACUACUCAAAACUAAUGAAAAUCUCAUUGCUGAAAAUAAAGCACUUAAUUAAAAAAGCCAAUAAUCAGAUGAAAUGAUGCGUUAGUUACAACAAUUGUACAAAGUGAACCAAUAGAAACAGUAAACUUUGGACAAAAGUAUCCAAGAUCUAAAAAACCAGAUCAAAAAGCUAUAGACAGACAAAACCAAUCUUAAAUAAACUAUUAAAUAGAUGCAGGAUGCAUAAUACUAAAAUUUCCAAUAAGCAAAACCAAAAAAGGAACCUACUCCUAGACAAACCUAAUUGCCAAAUUUAGUUUUGGAGGAAUUGCGAUUCAAAUUGAUAUAUAGAGGCAUUACAGUUGAAUAAUUUGCUGAGAUGUUAGAAGGAUUGAAACAAUAGGCUCGAGAAUAAAAUGUGACUGUUAAAGUCGAUGAUUUAAGACAUAUCUUUGCUCAAGAGCCAUUUUCAUAUACAGAUGAGAGCAAAGUACAAUCCAUAUUAAAUUCACUUAGUGGUCAUGGCAAUUAAUUAGUUGAGAAUUUGAAAUCUUUGGUUGGAAAUUUUAAGACUUUUAUGAAUUUUCCAACUUUUGAUUUUGAACAGGCCCAAACAAAAAUGAAGACUCAACUCAAAUAAAAUGAGAAAAAGAUUUAAGAUUUUUGGAACAAACAAAAAAUAAAGGGUGAUGUAGUUAGCAAAUCAGAUGUUCGAAAAAUGUUAAACUCUCUUUCAUUAAAUUGGUAGGAACCUGAAAAUCUAUUCUAUUUUCUAUAACUAUUCGAGAAAUCAGGAGAAGAUCUGUCCCAUAUUCCAUUGAUAGAUACUUAUGAUCCGUUUACUUUGGAAGAUCCAUCAUAACAACAGUAAAUGACAGGACAUCAGAAUAUGAGAAUUUCGGAAGAAUCAGACGAGGAAUUGUUUGAUAAACAGAGCCAAGAUUAUUCACUUGAUGAGAAUGCAGCUAAGAAAAGGAAGGAAUAAGAUUAAAAUUAAGGUGCAGGAUUACAAGAAGAUGAUCAAGAAAGGCAGAAACAAAAUGAGGAUGAAUCGUUUGGAUAAGAAGGAAAUGAUGUUGGGAAAAAUGAACAGGAUGAAUAUGAAUAUGAUCAUUAAGAGGAAGAAUAGGAGGGACACUAAGAGAAUGAAUAUGAAGAUUAAAAUCAAGAAAAUGAAAAUAAUAAACAUGAAGAAUAAUAAAAUGAAUAUGAAAAUGAAGAAUUUGAUUGA